GCCAUUACCUGUUUAAAACAAUCGUUGGACUUGUUGUUGCCGCUAUCAACGACGGAGCGUACCGCCCAGCUGUAAAAACCGCAUCAUUUCGGGGCAACGUACCGCCUGUAUCAGUUAGUUAGGCCUUGCUUUGAGGCACGCGAUGGCACCGAGACAACGUUCGACGUCGCCGCCUUCCAUGGUAGAAACGACUGAUAGGCAACAAGAAUCGCAACCUCUGGUAUCAAGCAGCUCUUCCACAUCGUCUUUAAACGGAACGUCAUUGAAAAGAGCAAAACAUUCGGCGGAAAAUUCUGUUGAACUUCCGUACCAGCAGCUUGCCGAAAUUGCGCGGGAACGUCACGACUUUUUCAAUAUUUUCGCCCUGGUAUUUGUUAUCGGAGCAACUUUAAUCAACUGGGAUCUGACCAGAUUAGUACAAGGCUACGGUCCAGAUGAGGCUUGGACCGGAGAGCAUUUUUAUUUGAAUUGGGCGACGACAGUCCUUUAUUUUCUGAUUGACCUCCUCUGGGUAGCUGUGGUGCCAAUCUGUGUGAAGAGUCCGGGUACAAUCAUCAAGCAUCAUUUUGUUGCAAUCAUUUAUUUGUCAGCCCCCGUUUUCUGGGUGGAAUAUCGCUGGUUCAUGGGAGCUUGUCUUACGGUUGAAGUCAACACUUGGUUUCUUAUUCUGCGGCGCCUCGUCUAUAAAAGACAAUCGUGGAUACCAGCUAUUUGCGUUGAAGUCGUGGACAAGUCAUUUUACAUUUCAUGGAUUGUUAUCCGGUGUUUUAUUUAUCCCUCGCUACUGGUAAAGAUGGUCAAUCUAGCCAUCAUUGGAAUUCAGCUGAGUGGGCAUUUCUGGCACUGGCCUCUUCUCUUUAUCCCCCUGCAUUUCUUCCUGUGCGUCCUGAACCUCAAGUGGUCCUACGACCUGUUCGAACCCAUCAUACGCAAACGGAUGAAAGGUAACGGUGCGAAACAAGCGACGGUGGCGACAGGAUUGUAA